UUGUUAGUGUAACCCAGGUUAUUCUGUAGUCUCUUAAGUACUGGAGGCCUAGUUUACGAUGCUUCCAGAACGCAUCGCGGGCGCAUGACGGCAGACAGCCGAUGACACGGCAGCACAGAGAAAGUUACGGGACACACACGCAACUGCGAUAGUAGUUUAUUGAUGAAGGAAAUGAUAUAGAUACCUAAAUGAUAAAAAUAAGAUACCUAAUAAAAUAAACUGUAUUUAUUAAAGACACUUGUUAGAGAGAGAAAACUACUAGGCCUAGUGGUUCGGGAGAAGUCUGGGGAGCUCUGGACAGGUGCUUUCCGAGUUAAUAGACGGAUUAUCCUGGCUGUUUUUUUUUUGUGGGACGACUGUUUCAACUGGACUGAUUCAACUGCUUUCACCAUCAUCACUGUUCCUGGAUGCCAGAAUCUCUCAUCGGACAUCUGUUGCAUGGACAUUGUGCUCAAAAUCCAGGCGGCGGUAGGAACGAAAUUAAGGAACAAAAUUGAGGAUUAUUUUAUUUUGAUACCCCGCCCGAGACGAAAGCCUUCCACGAGCCGGGCAUAUCAAAAUGUUUAUUGCCCAGCCGCUCGGUGAUUAUCUCUUAGCCUACUUAUUUGCCUUGCGGAACAAGCAAGUCCUGCGAGUAUGCAAAUUAGGCAUGUGCGCCAAACAGAAGAAAGACGUAAUGUUGUGAAGUCAUACAAAAAACCGAUAGCAAGCGAAUGCUAAACAACAGUGUAUCACUCACACACUUUGGGUCCAUUCUAACUUAUGAGCGCCAAUGUAACACGGACUGGAUCCUGGGGGCCGGUCCCAACCUGACAGAAGAGGAGCAGCUGAACCUGACCGUUCCCCGGGAGCCAGACGGCUCCCUCAGCCGGUGUCUGAUGUACGCUCCGGUGAACUGGACCCUGGACUCCAUCCGCCAGUAUGGCCUGAACCACACCACCGCCUGCCGGGACGGAUGGGUGUAUGACCAGACCCUGUACCAGGCCACCAUAGUCACCGAUUUUGAUCUAGUUUGUGACAAGGCGAACAUGGUGGAGGUGGCCCAAACGGUGUUGGGGGCUGGCAUGCUUAUCGGUUCGCUACUGUUCGGACCUUUUGGCGAAUCGUUUGGCCGCAGACGGACCACUCAGAUUCCAGUGCUGUUCCUUUUUAUAUUCACGCUCACAGGUGGCCUUAGUCCCAACUUCUACUUAUAUCUGGCCUCCCAGUUUGCGGCAGGUAUGGGGUAUGGGGGCUUCGGGAUGAACGCCAUCGUGCUGAUGACUGAGUGGAUAGGGGUAACCAAGCGCUCGCUGGGCACGUGUGGGGGCCAGUUCUCGGGGGCUGCCGGGCUGGCGUGUAUGUCGGGGAUCAUCUACCUAAUCCGUGAUUGGAGGCUGGCUCAGUUGGUCCUGGCGGUGCCGAUGGGCCUGGUUGCUGUCUACAUAUGGUUUAUACCGGAGUCGGCCCGCUGGCUGCUGGACAGGGGGAGGACAGAGGAGGCCAAAGAGUUGAUCCUCAAAGCAGCGGCCAUCAACAGACGCACCGUUCCACAAUCCCUGUUCGAAAAGAUUGCAGUGAAUAAGACUGUGGAGAAAGGGGGCAUAUCGGUCCUGAUCAGAUCACCUGUGCUUCGAAAACGCUUCCUGAUCAUAGCAUUAGCAUGGUUUGCAUCGAGCCUCACCUUUCGCUGCCUCGGGUUUAACGUGGGGAAGUUUGGGCUGGACAUCUUCCUGACCGAGCUGCUGUUCGGACUCACAGAGUUACCGGCUCAUUUGCUGUGCUUCUGGCUGUUGGAGCUCGCAGGCAGGAAGUUAUGCCUGAUGUUCACCCUCCUGGUGGGGGGUCUAGUGUGCCUCAGCAUCCUGGCUGUUCACGCAGGAAAUGUCAUCGCUGUGACCGUGUUGGCCAUCCUGGCGCGGAUCCUUGUGACUGUGGGCAUGAGCAUAUGCAGCGUUUACAUUCAGGAGCUGUUUCCCACGCCCGUGAGACAUACUGCAGCUGGGCUAGGGGGCGUAGCAGCUAGAUUGGGGGGGCUGUUGGCUCCCUCAGUCAACCUGCUGGCGCUAUACCACUGGUCCAUACCCAUCUCAGUGUUCAGCAGCCUCACCCUGCUGGGUGGAGCCCUCAUCUUCCUGCUCCCAGAGACGUGCGGGAGAGAGCUGGCAGACUCCAUCGAACAGGCUGAGGUCCAGAGGUGCAGACAAACUGGAUUUCCACCACCCCCCACCCCCCUAGGGAAAUCUACCGUAAGCUGUAUUGGCCUGUAAGGUGCCAGUGGGUACUUCCAAAAGGAAGUCAUGGUCUUCAACAGCAGCGAGUUGCAAAGUGUGCAUUGAUCUAACAAGUUCCUUGAUAGAUACCUCAAUUCCUAAAUACUUCCUAAUUGUAAGACGCUUUGAAUAAAAGUGUCUGCUAAAUGCCCAAAAGGUAACUGUAAAAUACAUGUAGUUAUUCAGUCUUUAAAACUAUGGGUAAUAGUUAUAAUAUGAUAAUCAAUUAAAAACGUGUCCUCUCUAAUGCUGUUUGUCCUUUCUGGGUUACAGUAGAAAUAAUGCAGUGAAAAUUGGCGGGGGUCCAUGAAAGAGGACCCGCUCCCUCGGUAGAAAUAACGAGCUCAUUCUAGGGUAAUUAAAAGAACUAUGAUUCCUAAAUUGAACGGAUAUAGACUAAAUAAGACAUACUUAUGAAUAUCAUAUUCCAUUUCUUCCCUGUCUGUUCCAUGAGAUGCCACUCAAUUAUACACACUGCACCUUCAAUGUAAAGUUCUAAAACAAAAAGAUAAAGUUGCUCUAACAAAGUUGACAUUUCCAUUGUUUCCUUGUCAUGUCAAACAAGGUACAGAAAAACAAAAAACAUUAAGAUUUCAGGGUUUACAGAGUGACAGGCAAUUGUUUAUUGAGAACUUCCUCUUCUAGUUACCGUUGGCAGUAAGAGAGGAUAGUGACUGAGAGUGCACUCACACUAGGCAAGUUUGCCUGUUCCGUGCUGCAGGAAGAUUCAGCACGAUUCCCCCCCUCCCCACUCCCCCCGCUGGCCCGUGGUCACACUGCUCCCAAAGGCCGUAGCCUGGGCACG